AGCAUAUGGCAUACAAUGUCAAGGAAAUCUACACCUGCUAGACAUACAAUGCAGUCCUGACAACCUAAAUGGCUAGCUCACCCCUUUCAGCACUUGCAUGCCUAUCCUUGGUGCACCACAGGGGGCAAACUAGCUUACACCAGCCGACUAGCAGGUUGCUGGCUCUUCCGGACUGCAGGUGUAAUGCAUACCACUAUAUUUCAGUCCAGACAGAAGCUAUACAGUAGAACUUUCCAGUGCUUGUGUCAUGGUGAGGAAUCUGCUUUUUAAGGAUCUGGGUGCGUUGUUGGCAUAUGGAUUUAUCUUUUUCUUCAAAGGCAUAAUCAAAAUUUAUCCUUGAUGCUGCAGUUGCAAGCAUAUCCAGUAGAGAGUAUGGAACAGGAUAUAAUUCUGGGUAGAAAUGGGGUUUCUUUUUUGUGCUCUUAUUGAAUAAGUAUGUUUGCUUCAGUAAUUAAUUCAGCAGAGAUAUAAUCCAGAUUAAAAUCAAAUGCUUAGCUUCCUUUGACCUAGAAUGGUAAUGGGAUUUAUUCCACCCACACUCAAAUUCAGAUAAACCUAGAAGCCAACAGAUGUAAGGGUUAUGAACAGACAGUUGCCUACAUAAGACGUUCACGGUGCUGUUUUGGCUACUGGAAUGUGAAUAUUACUAAAGAGUAUUUUGUACAGAUCCUUUUGUUUAAAUUAAAACCUUUUAGUUUUGUUCUUACCUUCUCGUGUCAUAAAAAUAAAGCAGAGAGGUGAGAGUCAUAUUUUAAAAUGGGAGCUUGCACGUGGAACCACCUUGAGAAAACCUGGGAACCGAUAAAGCUGGAACUUCCAGUUGUUUAAUUAUUUUAACACCCAUGGAAUUAUAUAUUUAUAAUAAAAAUAUGAAUGAUACAUCGAUGUAAAUAUGAUGUACUUUCUCAAUAUAUUGUUUUGGGGUUUUACAUCCUGCAUUCAGCAGUAGUGGCCUCAAUCUCAGAUUGGCUUCCUCCAGGUCCAGGUCCAUCCAGGCAUCCUCCCUUCAGGCUUGCACACCAUGUUGCAUGUGCUCCUCCGCUAAAAUACCAGCGGGCCUAUUUUCAUAGCAAGCAGGGUGGUGAUUUCAUGCUGAAGAGACUUCUCUGGGAUCAGAGUUAAGACUUCUGAGCCAGUUUAAGACAAAUGUUGACAAGUUAAAGAUCUCUGGAUUAAAACUGCCAGAAUUCCUGCUUUUUAAGAUGUGUGACUUGGGAAUUCUGGGGGUUGAAAUCCUGCAACCGUGAAUCGCACCAGGGUCGGUCCUGUUGCGUCAAGGCCCGGGAACCGAGCGCAGGAGGUUCCCGGCCUUUACAGGCCAUCCGCCCUGGAGGUGUGAGAGGAGAGCAAUGCGCGCGCUCCCCGCUGGCUCGAUGUUGACUUUCUUCUGGUUGGGCGGGACCAUAGAACGAACACGUGGCCGGGGGCGGGGCCGAGCUCAAACCAACACAAUAAACAGGGCGGAGCGUCCGGGGGCGUUGGCCAAUCCGAAGGCUGAAUGGAGUUACGGGAACCGAACGGACCUAUAGGAGCCGCCACGGGAUGUCGCUCCGCCGAGGCUGGCCAAUGAGGCCUCCGUUUCAGGCAAAGCAGAAUAGCGAGGAAAACGUCGAAGGAAACGUCAUCCUGGGGCUCGCCCAAUCAAUCGGUACGAUUACCGUGGCGAAGCGCCUACCGGCGACCGAGCCAAUGCCUGGACCGAAUGAGGGGGCGGAGCCGGUUGGUGUUUUCUGUUCCGCGAAGGGCCAAUCAAAGGAACGGGAGAGCGGAAGCAGCGCCUGCCGGCCAAUCGCUACCGCUCUGGGCGGGUAGCGGGUUGGGCUGCGGUCGCAAGGGGCGGGCUUGGCUGCGCAGAGUCUGUCAGGCCGAGGUGGGGUAAACACAGGCGGGCGCUGGGGCAGCAGCAGCGGCGGCGGCGUUCUUGCGGGGAAACGAGAGGACGAGCCGGCCAGCCCGGCAAAAUGGCGGCCGCCGCGCAGGUUUGCGAGAACAUCCAGAUGCUGCUGGAGGCGGCCGAGUUCCUGGAGCGCCGCGAGCGAGAAGCCGAGCACGGCUACGCUUCCAUGCUGCCCUACAGCGCGAAGGAAAGGGAGGCCUUGAAGAGGAGGAGCAGGCCGAAGAAAGGCGGCGGCGGCGGCAGCAGAUCAACACAUAAUGAAAUGGAGAAGAAUAGGCGUGCUCAUCUGCGAUUGUGCCUGGAGAAGCUUAAAGGGUUGGUGCCUCUCGGGCCAGAAUCCAGUAGACAUACUACACUGAGUUUACUAACAAAAGCUAAAUUGCACAUAAAGAAACUUGAAGAUUAUGACAGGAAAGCAAUACACCAAAUAGAUCAGUUGCAGCGAGAACAGCGGCAUCUGAAAAGGCAGCUGGAGAAACUGGGCAUUGAGCGCAUACGAAUGGACAGUAUAGGGUCGACAGUUUCUUCCGAACGGUCAGAUUCGGACAGAGAAAUUGAUGUGGACGUGGAGAGCACAGACUAUCUCACCGGGGACCUGGACUGGAGCAGCAGCAGCAGCCCCCCGAGCGAUUCCGACGAGAGGGGCAGCUUGCAGAGCGUCUGCAGCGAUGAGGGCUAUUCGAGCGCCGGCAUUAAGAGAAUAAAGCCGCAGAACCAUCUUAAGGCCUGCCUCAGCCUAUAAGGAGCCAGUAGCAUCCCCUCCCCUGCCCCAUCCACUGCUCUUUCCUCCUUGGAUUUCGCUAGGUAGUAUGUUGUUGGACCGCUCCACAAUUCUCUUGCACGUAAACUUCUUGUACCAUCAACAUUACCAAAAUCUGCUUUGCCUAAGUCUGAAAACAGUGCAUAGUGUUGUGGGUUACAAGUUCCUCCCUGGAGCUCACUUCCGAUGGCAUCCGCUAGCUUCUCUUUCCUAUCUGUACAUUCAUCUCUGUGAGACUGAACAUUCCAGCCAGAAUUCUUAGCCCCCAGAAUAUUGUUACAGUCACAGCCACACACGAGUUUUGGGCCUGUGCUGCAGUUGCUUAAUAUUCUGGGUGAAGAUCUUCACCCCGAGGUAGGAGGGCCGAUGGCGAUAGAUGCUGUUUGGAAACCAAAGCCAGACUAGUCUCCAGGUGUGACCUACUUUUUUUGACAUUCAUUGUAUCACAGCAGCAGGCAGAAGUUAAAAAUGAUACGACAGGCUUGAAAAGAACAUGUGUUUGUUAGGGAAUUGUGCAGUGAAUCUUUCUAGUCACUGUUAAAAAAUUAUUCUGAAAUGUCCCAAGUCAUUAUAGUAAUAAAGUAGCCAACCCUGAGCUUGGAAAUAGGCUUGAGAAAGGUAACUAAGAAGCUAAGUUUGGCAGAGGAAGAGCCGGCCGAGUGGAAUUGUACCGGAGGCUCUAAAUAGGAGUUGGGGGAUGGUUUUCUCUCUGAGCUGCCUAUCCCGGUAAGGAUCUCAAUAUUUUCACGUCAGAUGACCAAAUACGACACUUGCGCAAUCUUGAUUAUGUCAUCUUUGCAUUGAUAGCUGCACGUUCCUUUUGUUGCUAGCAACUCUUUGGGCUGCUGAGUUUUGCUUUUUGUCUCUGGGACAAUUCUUUCUACCUCAGAGAGAUGAACAAAGCUGAUCUCAACCCCUUUAGCACAAAUGAAUUAUGAUGCCUCGUUUGUAUACUUGGUACUAGUCCGACCUGUUUCCUUAAAAAUUAGCAAUAACUGAGUGACAAAGUUAGCUGCGCUAGCUUUCAAUUAAUGACUGAGGAGACGGCCUCAGAGUAAUUCCAUGGUUGCCCUCUUGGCAUUCUAGCACUUCUUUUACCAGAUGAAAUUCUUUGGGAGAUCUCCCAAUGUGCUGCGUGUGGUUUUGGUUUGGAUGUUGGAUGUUGGAUUUCUUCUCUGCCCCCUUUUUACCGUUUCUGCACUCCUGACAUCUGCAGCGUUUUUCAUCUAAGCUAAGUAGAGCACAUGCAAAUGUACAUAAUGUGGUCUAUAAAUAGUAUUUAUUCAUUUUUAUAUCAACCUAAUGUACUAUUCUUAUGAUUUUGUGCUUUUAUAGAUGAUUAGGAAACUUUGUAUGUCAAGGUCUAACGAACCUUCCUUUUCCCCUUCUUUUUGCUUUGAACUGCCCAGUUUAUUGGCUGCCAGUGACUUUUAACAAGAAUUCUUUGUAUGCAGCUAGUCUUUGCCCAGCACUUACAGACUGUCAAAGAGACAGUCAAGCAACUUCCUGCCACUUCACUCUCAAAGGGCUAUGUGGCAAGUUGCGCUUUACUAUGUAUUCCAUGUUUGCUUGUAUCCACUAGCAGAUAACCAAGCAAAUAAUAUAAAAAUGGAUUUAUUUUAAGAAAUAUUUUAAGAAAGUCAGUUUUUGACAUGGGAAUUGGGGCUGGUGGAUGGCUAAAGGUCUCCAUAUCAAUUUCUUGGAGCCGUCUCAAAACAAAACAAAAAACAAAACAGAAGGGAGAGAGCUGGAAUUCUUAGUGGUCGCGGCUGACUUCCAUUGGCCUCUUCCUUGCUAGACACUUUCCUGCGUCAGUCUAGCAGCUGGCUGGCAUCUAGGAGUCCCUGCUGAAAACCCUUCAGAGAGACUGAGCACCCAACCUGCAGUUUGCACCCCCUUGAUUUGGACAGGUUUCUUGUCAGAGGCCUUUGAGUUUCUCUCGUUGUUAAUGAGUGGCAUAAAAUUGCCUCUCACAUUCAACUCCAUGUUGUCAUCUUAAGAGUUCAAAGUAGCCUUUGAUUUGGAAGGUAUUUGAUAGGGUAAAAUUAGUAUGUUUUUCUUUAGAAGUAACAAAACUUACUGUGGGCUUUUUAUUAUUAUUUUUAUUAUAAUUAUUAUUGUGCCUUUCAUGAGUUACUGGCACAGUUUACUUCAGACCUCUCCUGGCCAGGAGAACCCCACCCCACCCCCCUCUGAAUAGAUGGAAGCUGCGGAUAUAUCCCUAGUGCAUUUGAGAAAAUAGAUUUUGGAGGGUGCAACCAUUCUCUUCUUUAGUAAAGUAUUUUGGACUAUUGUUGUCCUUCUUGCGAGCCAGUAAUUGAGCUUUGCACUUUCUGGAUGUGGUCCUUUCAAAAUGUGGGUGGUACAGAAAAUAAUUAUAACUCCAUAAAGGAUGCACUAAUUUCAGAAGCUAGAUUAAAGCUACCUGUGAUGUUUCAAAAACAUCUAAAUGACCAGAUGAGUUCUCCUAGAGGCUUUUAGGGCCUCUCCCGGUGUCUUGGUGAGGACUGGUCUUGGCUGCUCCAUACAUCUGUGGCUCUUUGGCCCAUCCCUGAGACAGUUGCCCCAUUGCACGCAGGCUCCAUAACGUCUGAACCCUGCCCAAGCACUGUGCCAUGAUUUUCAAUAGUGGUGUAGCUGUGGGUGAACGGCCACACCAGUUGCCUUGUCGAGGGAGAGGUGCCCUGGAACGGCCGUGCAGGCAGCAGGGACCGUGUUGUCCUGUUAGCAUGGAGACUGGGCCCUCUAAAUGCGACAUUCUGGUGGUGGCCAGACUUUCUGCCGCAUUCACUGAUCCACCAGCAUUAUUAUGUAAUAAGCUGCAGAAAAUUAAUUUUGUAGAUCAUUAAUGGGGAGCUGCGUUUCCGUAUCUGUGUUUACAGCUGGAAGUUUGUGUGGAUGUGCGUGUGCGUGGGUGCAUUUAAAAGAUCACACUGAACGCUGCGGCACUGAGCAACUUUUUUUGCAGACGGUACAUCCAGGGGAUACUUGGUUGGAAAUGGAAGUUGAGAAUUUAUGCUCUUAUUCAUCAAAAAUAAACAUGGCUGUCAGGGUGACAAUCUGAAAUAUCCCAAAAGUAUUGUCUUUACCUGGUGAAUCUUUUCCUGAGUGUUGAACACCCAGAAAUUUUAUUACUGUGUAUUUUUCUAAUAAAGCAGAGCUUUCAAGGUGCUGAUAGACACAUCUUGUGAACUUUUUUCCAGGGUUUGUGUGAAUACCUGUUUUGGAUUCAAAUUCAAAGCACUUAUUUGAAAUGUGUAAUUAGGUGCCACAAACAAGGUUGCAGAGCUCUGGGCAUUAGCAGGGUGUGCACUGCCAACUGCCAUUUUAGCACUUUGUUCCCGCAACGGACCCUUCUCUCUUUCCAGGUUCCCAGAAUCUCUCUUGCUUCUCUUUAGAACGCCAUUUCUGCCAUGAAGUUUACAAACACAGCCCGGAGGGGAGAGCCCUGUUGUGUUCUGGGAGGGAUGAAGGGGAGGGGGGGUAUUUUUAAGUGCUCACUGCCUAAUUAAAUUUUGGCAUCUGAUGUACAGCAAUAUAAUGGGACUCAAAGAGCCCUUUUGCCCCCUUGGUCACAAAUUCAGGUUUUGACACUUAACUGUAUUGGGACGAUUACUGCUUUUACAUAUCUAGUUAUUGCAUUUGCUCCCCAAUUACAAAUAGUAAGUUGCAUCCUUGGGUUUUUUCCCCUUCCUGUUAACACAAGUGGCUUUUUUCCUUUUAUGAUUACCUGAACUUCAUUGUACAACUAUGAAUCAAUGAUGCUUUUGUUUGAAAGAAUAGCUAUCCCAAAUUAUUGAGCAGAAGAAAUUUCUUUUUAUGCUACAAAAUGUAUGUAUCAAGAUUAUUUUAACAAACCUCUUUAUUAUUUUAACUGUAUUGUCCGGUUGAAGGACACUUGAAAGUCUCUUUCUCCCUGGCUGCCAUCUGCUCUUCCCUCCUGAUGGUCCCCCAAAUUUGAUUUGCUUGGGGCAUCUCUGGAUUUAGUAUUGUGCUGUUGUUUUCUAUUCGCCUGAACAUGCAUCAUCGAGUAGGUGCUCUGAACAACACUUUCUGAACUUUUGAAUUUGGUUUUGGAGUCUUCCAAAUUAUAACACAGCCUAAACAGGGAACAGCGAAGGGGGGGAAGGGAGCAAGGAUUCAGUUUCCAAAUGUAAAUACCACGUCAUUACAAAUCCUGUGUCAAGACCAUAUGAUGGUGCUUUUUAUUACAGUUAGCACAUGCAUUUUUAGAAAUUACAUGUUUUAGACAACCUUGCUGUGUAUAUGUAUACUUCUGUAUUGUUCAACUGUUAGAAAAUAAAUUAUUUGAUUAUUAAAAUUG